ACGAAAGUGUUUGGCACUUUUACACGGUGUACGGGGAACGGUGUGGACCGCUGUUGAAAGAUAAUUGUUUGUUGGUCAACCACUGUUUAACUAAGAGUUCUACAUUGACCACGAACCUUAGGUACAGCGCAUCGACUCGGUGCAUCGUCGUAAUCUUUGACACGAGAGGGUACCCUAUCGCGAGUAAAACAGCCAAACAUUCAGCAAAGGUACACGCUAUAUCUGCUGCUCAGAAAUUGAGACCAUGCAAAUAACCUGACAUAGCGCAGUUCGACUGAGGUCCUUUUUAUAUGAAGUGGAAGAAGUGUUCUAGCAACUCUCAGCAAGUUUGUCAGUGGUCAAAUAACAAUCUCUCGUGAACACUCUCGAUCGUACGCUGACUUUUGACUAAAUGAAUCUAGUUUGUGUAUAAGUGUAUGUGAUAAUAACGAUAUUAGCGUCGUUUGUGUGUGUUCAUGAUAUAGCUUCUAGCGCUAGAAGCAACAGAACGCGCCAACAACUAUCGGAUGGUCUGAUAGAAUAACCUCUGCAUAAGUGACACAAUGACGUCUGCAGGCACCAAUCGUGUGAUCUCGCCCCUGGAAAAUAUUCCUAAGGAAGAGACACUCCGACUGAGGGAUCUUCACAUUGGUAAAAACUGCACAGUAUUCUUUCGGUCAUCGGGGGCACUGAAAAUCGUACGUGGUGAAGGACAAUAUAUGUUUGACGAAAAUGGAGUAGCAUAUUUGGACUGUAUUAACAACGUGGCCCACGUGGGUCACUGUCACCCUUCGGUGGUUCGCGCCGGCAGUGAACAGAUGAGUCUGUUGUCAACCAAUUCACGGUACCUUCACGACAACCUUGUGCUUUACGCGAAGCGUAUAGUGGCUAAAUUUCCUGAUCCCCUAUCGAUUGCCUACUUCGUUAAUUCUGGCUCCGAAGCAAAUGAUCUCGCAUUGAGAAUCGCUAAGGCUGCUACUGGUCAGAAAGACCUCAUCUGUCUUGAAGGAGCGUAUCACGGACACCUGCAGUCGACAGUCAGUAUCAGCCCAUACAAAUUUAAUCGAAUUAAAGGAUACAAGCAAAAGAAACAUGUUCACGUUGGCCCGCUUCCAUGCGAAUAUCGAGGAAAACAUCAACGGUCACAGUUAGGCCCUCAAGCCAACAUUGGUGAAAUGUACGCCGACGAAAUUGGACAAAUCUUGAGAAAAAUUGAAUCCGAGGGCCGAAAACCAGCAGCAUUCAUCUGUGAAAGUCUUAUUUCAUGUGGCGGACAAGUGAUUCUUCCAGACAACUACCUCAAGACCGUAUACGCUAACGUUCGAGCUGCUGGCGGGCUUUGCAUAGCAGACGAGGUUCAGACUGGUUUCGGGCGAGUUGGCAGUCAUUUUUGGGCCUUUGAGUUACAGGGAGUCGUCCCUGACAUCGUUACGGUAGGAAAGCCGAUUGGAAAUGGUCAUCCCCUUGCCUGCGUUAUUACUACCCCAAAAAUAGCGCGCGCUUUUGAAGCACAAGGCGCGGAAUAUUUCAACACUUACGGAGGCAACCCCGUAUCAAUGGCGAUUGCCAACGCAGUCUUGAAUGUCAUUGAAGACGAACGUCUACAGCAACAUGCCCUUAAUGUCGGAACGUAUCUAAUUCAGGCACUUCGUAAAGUACAGCGUCGAAGAUCACUAAUAGGGGAUGUCCGAGGAAUAGGGCUCUUCGUCGGUAUAGAGCUUGUCAAGGAUCCUCAGACAAAAGAGCCCGGAGCCGAGGAGGCUCUCUACAUUUCUCGGCGUUUUAAAGAAGAACAUUGUCUAGUUAGUACAGAAGGCGAGUGGAACAAUGUAUUGAAACUUAAACCUCCGAUGGUGUUCACACGAGAUAAUGUUGACACCAUAUGUGCUCUCCUCGACACAUUUCUCGCUGAACUUGAACGGGGAGCCCUUUCUCAGCGAAAAAACAGCACCGUAGAAUCCAAGGUCGUGCCGAAGUCUUCGGCUCAUGCGGAAAUGAUGCGAUCCACUUCAAAAGAUGCCAGGGUCAUGUAAAUGCUUAAGUCGAUGGUUGUUGUUAUCGAAUUACUAUUGCAUAAUUAUAAUAAUCGUUCAACCUCCGCAACGUCUGCACGAUAGGCGGGGCAUCUAGGGUGAUCCCAAUAAGAAAUUCCUACAACAAACUUUUUUGCUGCUACAUGUUUUAUCUUACUCUGAACUAUUCAAAUCUAGUGCCUUCGAUAAUAUGUGUAUUAAGUUAUUUUGCCUCAGCACAAAGUGCCAUCGUUGUUACGGUGCGUAGUUGAAAGUCACAGGCGACAUUCCAGCAAAAGGUGCUUCAUCUUAUAUGAUGUAGUUAUAUAUUCCUAUAAGUAUCUUAUCUAAAAAUACGGAUUUACCUAUGCCAUUUGUUAUAUGUGUAUUUGCUGCAAACUUUUAUGAAUCGAGGAAAUAAAUGGUUAUUGUUACUGCAAAAGGUAUAGUAUUCCGCAGUUAUCACAGGUGGCGAUGUGACACAAGUUGCAAAGCCAAAAUACAUCACACGUUUUACAUUGCAUCGAUUACGUCUUUGAUUGCUUUCAACAAUAUGUUAUAUAGUAAAAACACAAUUUUCGUUACGGGAAAUCGCUUGAUUAUUCCUCAACGUACAUAGAAGUGAGGGCAGCAUAAUCAUGUCAGUGACUCUGAAAGGAAGUUAAAAUUUUUUCCAACACUUGAAAUACUUACCCUUAUAAUUGCGAUUUUGAGGUGGCUAUCAAUAGCUUCCACUUCUUGUUUAUUUGCCGUAUAAAUUCGUCUUGUGGAGACAGUUAAUUCAAAGCGAAAGUCAUGUACGUACUUUAUUCUACUUACGUUCUCAUAACCAAGAUUGUAUCACGGAUUUCAGGGCAAAGGCUACCUUACGGGCCUUGCAUAGGUAACAGCCCACACAGAGAACAAUUCACUGUUACAAUAAACCGACUAUUGACAAAAAAUAACCAAAUAAUAAAAUACAGCAAGAAAAAAAAAUUAAAGACGA